CUCGAGGCCUUCACAGUAAGUAUUUGUCGAGCUACGUCAGUGCACGUACAGGCAAAUCUUUAGCCCUAGCAGACGUAUUCAGCAAUCCCAGAACACAUAGCAAUAAAAUCACAGGAACAGAUAUACGCACAAAGCAAUAUGGCAGCAAGUCAGUGUCGACAGAACUUUCAUGCCGAGUCCGAGGCUGGCAUUAACAAACAGAUCAAUAUGGAACUGUUCGCUAGUUAUACUUACCAGUCUAUGAAGUAUUGCUGCCUGAUUCUUCAGACUCCUUACAUUACAAUCUCCUCCGCCUAUUACUUUGAUCGGGAUGACGUGGCACUUCCUGGAUUUCACAAGUUUUUCAAGAAGCAGUCCGAGGAAGAAAAGGAGCACGCUGAGAAACUGAUGAAGUACCAGAAUAAACGAGGAGGUCGCAUCAUCCUUCAGGAGGUCAAAAAGCCUGAUCGAGACGUAUGGGGCACUGGGCUUGAGGCGAUGCAGUUUUCCCUUCAACUAGAGAAAAACGUCAACCAGGCCUUGCUGGACCUUCACAAACUCUGCAGCGAUCAUAAUGACGUGCAGAUGGCGGAUUUCCUAGAAUCCGAAUUCCUGGAAGAACAAGUUGAAUCCAUCAAGCAGUUUGGUGAUUACGUCACCAACCUGAAACGUGUCGGGGCUGGGCUUGGAGAGUAUAUGUUUGAUAAGGAGACCCUGAGCAGUGACUGAGUAAUCGUCUGCAAACUCAAUGGGCGAUAACUCUAUUAUAAAAAUGUUAUUUUAAAAGUAAUAUAAAAAGUGUUAUUUCCCUUACUUUCAUACACAAUAUUUUUGUUAAAGUAAAUUUCCUAAUGUUGAUUUUGUCAUAAAUAAAUAUAUACCAUCAACAGUUUGAUGCAAAACUA